GCUGCUCACUCUGCCUCUUUUUUAGUUUGUGGUUAGGUUUUGCAAAGGCUGCUGGGGGUCAGGUUUACUGAAGAGAUCUUAAAGGGUAAAGAAGUAUUAGUUUAUGGUGCAUCUUGUUAGUGUUUAUAGCUGCUGGGUAUGAUACGAAGGAGAAACAAUAAGUUACCAGAAGAGGAGAGUGGACUGCAUUAAACUUUAAUUUUAAAUUCUCCUCACAAACGAUACAUGACUGGACUAUUCAUCACAAAAAGGGUACCUUGACGGCUGACUACAGAUGAGAGGAAGUUGAAGGAAGUGACCUACAAUGGGUCAAUCUGAGAACCGUUAGCUAGUUUGACGAAACCUAAACUUGCUGAUAUAUGAUAGUAGGUGGUUUUGACAUUGGUCUCCUAGUGGACUGUUUAAUUGAAAGCAACCCAGUCCUGAUUACACACGACUGGUCUGUGGUAUUCAAACUACAAACAGCUUAUACCAAAAAUCUUUUCCCCUGCUGACAGAGUCUGCAUAUUCAUAUGCAGAUAUCUGUUUAUAGAUACUAAUGAUGGACUUUGACGACUCCUACGUUCUGCUCUCUGAAGAGCAACUCAUCUACAUCAUCACUAUUCCCCUGUCGACCUCCAUCAUCCUGGCCAACCUCGUCAUCAUCUUGGGCAUCUCCUGGAACCGCCAACUCCACAACACGCCCAACUACUUCUUCCUCAGCCUGUUAGUAGCCGACUUGUGUACGGGCGUGGCGCUGCCAUUCAUACCGCUGAUGGGUCUGAACAGGCAUUUAAGUUUUAGCUCCUGUCUGGUGGCUCACGUGUUCCCAAAUUUCCUCUUCUUGGCGUUCCUUUUCAACCUGGUAAUGGUUCACUAUGAGCGCUACAUAUGCAUUAUUGACCCCCUGCAUUACAGUAACCUGUGGAUGCAUCGCAGUUUUCCCUUAACGCUGCUUGUGGUGUGGACUCCGGCACUUUUGUAUGCAUCUCUACCUGCCUUUGGUUGGAAUAACUGGACAGGACCAGAUUUCAACAGUUGCUGUGAAAGUACCCAAAAUUUAACGGCAUUUUCAAACUGCUUAACAAAUACAACCAGCUGUUGCUCGUACAAGAGGGUGUUCCCCAAUGCUUUUAUCUUCCUGGAGGUGUAUGGACUUGUUUUACCUGCUAUUCUUGCCAUCGCCGCCAUGACCGGCCAUGUUUUGUGGAUCACCCGAGGCCAGCUGAAGGACAUAUGCCGCCUCCACCGUUCGGUGGAGCGAGGAAAUCAGGCCUCUGACCAGGAGCAAAAGUUGAACCUGCGGUACACGCGCUGCGUGGUUGCAGUGUCGCUGACUUUUCUCGCCUGCUGGGUUCCCUACCUCAUUUACAUGCAUGUCUCCAUAGCACUGGUGGUCAGCGACUCCAAGCGGAGUUCUACCACUCACAUUGUGCUGUCCUGCACUGGUAUCGGAAGCAUGGCUGUAGUGCCAAUUGUGCUUGGCUUGGCCAACAGGCAAUACACAGAACCUGCGUUAAAACUUCUCCAGAAACUCAGAGACAGGUGGAGGCCAAGGACACAGGCAUCAGAGGAAGCCACAGUCUGAAAUAAUACUGGUUUAUCUAAAUAUUUAUGAAUAUAUUCUACAGAAAGCCAAUGGACCACUGAAAGAGAAAUAAGAAAUGUGGCUCUAUGGCAGAAAACCCCCGACAUCUACAUAGACUGUGUGGACACUUAUUUAUCAGUGUUUUAAUAAAAAAAAAUGUCCCCUAAUGUUCUACCACUAUUGCUCCUAGGUUUGGAAGUUUACCAUUGUUAGGCAUAUCCAUGUAUUAGCAAAGAUAACUAGAAAGGUGAAGACUGGAACCAAAUAAGACUAAAGAAGUAUAAAAGCGAAUAAAGUGCUCAGCUUUGUUAUUCUGCAGAUAAAGUUCUGGAAGGAAUUUUAACCAUCCUGAAAACACAGGAUCGAGUCUGUAAUAGACAUUUUGCAGGACUUUUUUUUUUUUUUAAGAGAAAACUAUCUUCAUUUGAUAACUUUUCACUGUCUUGCUCACAGAUUUUUCCACUGGUAUUGAAAUUGACUUAUGUUAAACAUUACAAAUUGAGCUCACAAAGAUGAAGAAGGUAACUUUUCACCCAGAAAUACAUCUGCUUUUUAGUAUUUUAUGCAGUUUAGAAUGACACAGAAAUAAGGCACUACUAAUAUAAAAACAGUGACUCUGUGUUUUUUUAUUUCAUAGAAAUCUUAGUUUUUGUGCAUGUACAAAUAUGUUCUAUGCUUAGGUAAAUGAAACUCUAGGUGAACCUCUUACGUUACCUCUUAGAACUUUGGAAUAAACAUUUCCU